UAUUUUUUCGCAACAUUUCUGUUCUUAGAAAACGUAAAACAUGAGCAAAUCAACGUUAUACGGAUUAAAAUGUGCAUGCUUGGUUUUGCUAACCAUCCAAUGGAAAUAGCUUAGAAAGCAUCUUCUGAACACUGCCGACUACAGAUCCCAAGAUGCAUAGCGCCGGCAGUGACCGCCUUAUUAAUCCGCGCGCUCGCAGCUGGCCAAUUAGGAGUGCUGCUAGCACAGAGGGAUCAAUGGCUACGGUCGAACUGCUUUGAAGGCCUAAUUGGAGCCGAAUUUGACCAACGGAACACUUUUCAGGAGUGUCGUUACAGGCGCAAUGCGGGUGUCGGGAUGUAAGGAGCAAUGGCGACGGUCGAGCUGGUUUGAAGGCCAAAUUGGAGCCGAAUUUGACCAACGGCAUGCUUUUCAGACUUCGGCUUCAACCCCACUAUUUGUGACCUGAAAAUGGAGAGUGCGUCCUCUUCAUACAGCCAUGUCCUGUCCCCUUUCACCCAGCAAACGUCAACACCCAACCUGGCUGCUAAGCAGAGAGACAGUCGCAAGGGGGCGCCCUCCGUGACCCCGGCUUUCCUCUCGAACCUGGGGAGGGCCACCCUGCGGGGCAUUCGCAAGUGUCCCCAGUGUGGCGUUUACAAUGGCACCCGGGGACUCAGCUGCAAGAACGCUGUUUGUGGGGUUUCUCUCAGAAACGCCUCUUUGGAGGUCCGGAGGGGCAGGAAGGACACCAUGGAGGUGGUCAAAGUCAUAACAGACGGCGAGGAGAAGGCCAACCAGGGAGGCGGGGUGCAGGUGUUUUCAGUUUGUCAAAAAGGAAGAGCAAACACCCAGUUUGGCUUUGUGGAGCUCGUUGCGACAGACGCCACCAUCGCCACAGGCAACAGAGCCUCCCAGCUUUCUCACAUCAACCUGGGCCGCUGCUUCAUGGCCGCCUGCAAGCAGGGUCAAAAGUCAAGCCACAGCAAGGUGUCAUAUGACAGCCUCUGCGCCCACAUCAAGCACGCCAUCGAGUGCGCCAACCGCGCCACGCCGCUCAGCGUCAAGAGCUCCGUCCUGGAAGCUCUGCAGGCCUCCGUGCAAGCCAAGGAGGAGCUCUGGAGGCUGGCCACAGAGUCCCUGGGGCCACUAGUGCAGCGCGUGUCCAGGGACACCCUUGUGGUCAAGUGCCACCCGGACUCUAAGCACCCUCACGGCCUGUUGCAUCUCACCGUGGGAGCCGGCGGACGAACCGAGGCACCGAAAAACGAUGCGGCUCUUCAGCAACAGCAAGCCAUGUUUCACUGUGGCUGCCAGGGGGACAGCAGGAGGGGGAGGGCCGAAGGGGCCGAGCCAGGCGGGGGGUUGUCGGUACCCUGCCUGCACUUCUACGCCUGCGUGUGCGCCUUCGCUAGCGACGAGAAGCUCACGGCAGAAUUUGCGGCUUUUAUCAACUCCUCGUCAAACGGCGUACUACCAAACUCCACCUGCAGAGUCAUCGUUCCUUGCGAGAGGCCUCCGCUGCACACCGAAACGGUGAAAUCUCCACACAAAGCAAAGAAACUGCGUCAGGAGGAAGCACUUUUGGGUGGUGGUCAGGCUGCGGAUGAGCACUCUGUGACGUUGGGGUUCCACCAGUGGCUGGCUGGCGUCACAGAGCGGAUCCACCAGGCCAUGCACUACCAGCUGGAUGGGAAUCCGGAACCUCUGGUGUACCACAUUCCUCAGCCGUUUUUUAACGCCUUGCAGCAUCGCUUGUCGCUCGGCUCCAAGAGGAGGCUGCCUAACUUCACAACAGUGGUUGUGCGGAGGGACGCUCCCCCUCUGGGCUCUUUCUCCAAGUACACCUGGCACAUCACCAACCUGGCACAGGUCAAACGCAUCUUUGACACCCCCGAGUUGGAGCUGGAACUCACUCAGAGUUUUGUCAAAAACGUGGAUGGUUCCUACUCUCGCUUUCGUUGUCCGCAACUGCCGCCGCCCCAACCGGAGCUGCCGGAGGGAGCUGGAACAGAUCGGCCGCAAGCAAUUCGACCCAUGGAGCUGCAGACGUUCCUCAGAGUUGGGCCCGGCUUGGAUGACCUGAGCGACGCCCGUCCGUUGGAGAUCGAGUGGACCCCCGACGUGCUUCCGCUUUGCCACAUGGGAGAGCUGAGGAUCCGCUUCGAGUUCGGCCACCGGCACAGCGGACAGCAACCCGACUCGUCUGACUGUGUGAAAAGCAACGUGAUGCAGGGCGCUUCCUAGUCAUCAUGUGACUUAGCGGAUACUUCAUUAGGUACACCUGCACUAUCCACUGAGCAUUAUCUUUCUAAAGGUAGAUGUUUGUAUUGGAUUCUAUUUAUUAUAAUACAUCAUAUUCGUAUCAUACCACCCAUUAGAUGCUAGAGUGCUUUAUCAUUGGAUAAACAUCAAAUAUAUUAUAUUAGAUGCAAGAGUGCUUUAUCAUUGGAUAAACAUCAAAUAUAUUACAUGACAUUUUUACUCUUAAUAUAUUUAGAACAUCAAUUCCAAUACAUUUGUCCGCUUUUUAUUUCCUGCGAGCAAGUUGUGUUAGUGUUAAAAGUGGCCAGCAGGGUGCGCCAUAACACUGUUUGCUUCCAUAACACAGCUGGAAACCCUCAAGGAAAUGGACCCAAACACCUCUUGUCUGCUGGUUAAUAUACAAAAAUACACAAAAGGUUUCUCUUGAAACGUGUCCAUGAGCUUUUCCAAGCUAGGCCACCACCAAAUCACUUGCCCAUUCCUCAUCAAACAGUUGAAAAAUGUUUUAUCUUCAGGAGGUUCAACAUAGAGUUUCACAAUACAAAAAGUAGAAACGAAAGCAAGACAAAUGCACAAACCUCAUUAUCUGAAACUAGCGAGUAUCCUGAUUAUGUGGCAAAAUGACCAAAAUAGCACCCUGAGCAUCACCCGUACUCUCUGAUUGGUACCAUGAUUCUCCACCGCCUCUUGAGGUAGGAAGCGUUAUUACAAAUGUAUUACUCCAGCCCCCCCACACACAUACACACUGUGUGCCAAGUGGGGCGGUUGUCAUAUCCAUCAUUUCUGAGUCAUUGCCCGAGGAAACGCGGGCCAAUUACGGUCAUAAAUAAUAAUGGGAGAGCGCGUGCGGCGGCAUGACGGAUGGGACGCACUCACAGCUCAUUUACAUGACGUCUGGGUGUCGCCGUGAUGGAAUGCUCCCCAACUGACACCUUGAAGCCGGGACCGCGCUCAUGGAUCCUUGCUGGAGUCACUUGGAUGCACCACUUUUUAGGGUACCUAGUGGUUGAGGGCGGAGCUAGACCGUGCCGUGUGUUGAUUGGUGGACAAAGAAUGCUCAGUUCCUCGGAAACAGCAGGGUUAUUUUUUUCACAUGAAAAUAAGUUGAAAAAUAUUAAAUACUAAUAAUGAAUUAUGAGUAAUAAAAGCGUUAGUAUUUGUUUCAUGAAAACAAGUUGUAAACGUUAAAUUAUUUUAAAUGGUAAAAGUUGAUGGUAUUUUUUUCCUUAUUAAAGAAAAUAACAAAG